CUCCCCAUUGCGCGAACUAUUAUAAACUCCACUGAACGGUUCUGGCAAUUUGAGUUCGGACUGUGUGAUUACCAUAGUUCAACGUGUUUGACCGAUCGCCGGCUUGACCGCACGUUAAAAUUAUCAGCGAUUAAAAUCGAUUAAACAGAUAAAGGCAGCAUAUAAGUGUUCUGUGAAUGAUUAGAAUAUAAACAGUAAUUAAACAUUCAGUGAAUGCAACAGUUGUGGUGAAUAUUUUGAAUACCAAAUAGUGUAAAAAUGGCUCCUAAUAUUAAGGACGGAGCUGAUUUGAACGGAGUUUUAUUUGAAGAUGACGCUAGCACCCCCGAUUAUGCCCUUGCCACGGCCCCAGUCCAGAAAGCAGACAACUAUCCCAGAAAACUAGUGUGGAGAAACAUCAUACUCUUUGUAUACCUUCACCUUGCCGCUGUGUAUGGAGCAUACCUAUUCCUGUUUUCAGCGAAAUGGCAGACAGAUAUUUUUGCCUACAUUCUUUACGUGAUCUCAGGACUCGGCAUCACAGCGGGAGCCCACCGCCUUUGGGCGCACAAGUCAUACAAGGCUAAGUGGCCACUUAGACUCAUUCUUAUUAUCUUCAACACUGUAUCAUUCCAGGACUCUGCUCUAGACUGGUCACGUGACCACCGCAUGCACCACAAAUACUCGGAGACCGACGCCGACCCGCACAACGCGACUCGAGGGUUCUUCUUCUCUCAUAUCGGCUGGCUGCUGGUCCGCAAGCACCCGGAACUGAAGAGAAAGGGCAAGGGACUGGACCUGAGCGACUUGUAUGCUGAUCCCAUCCUCCGUUUCCAGAAGAAGUACUACCUGCUACUGAUGCCUCUCGGCUGCUUCAUCAUGCCGACGGUGGUUCCGGUGUACUUCUGGGGUGAGACUUGGACUAACGCUUUCUUCGUCGCCGCGCUCUUCCGAUACACCUUCAUCCUCAAUGUCACCUGGUUGGUCAACUCCGCCGCGCACAAGUGGGGCCACAAGCCCUAUGACAGCAGCAUCAAGCCUUCCGAGAACCUCUCAGUCUCCUUAUUCGCGUUGGGCGAAGGCUUCCACAACUACCACCACACAUUCCCCUGGGACUACAAAACUGCCGAGCUCGGCAACAACAGACUCAAUUUCACAACAAACUUCAUCAACUUCUUCGCUAAAAUCGGAUGGGCUUACGACUUGAAAACGGUCUCCGACGAGAUUAUUCAGAAUAGAGUCAAGCGCACAGGAGAUGGCUCCCACCACUUAUGGGGUUGGGGCGACAAGGAUCAACCUAAAGAGGAGGUAAACGCAGCUAUUAGAAUUAAUCCUAAAGACGAGUAAACUCUCACAACACUAGGCUAUUAAAGCACGAAUUGCGUAUCUUAAUCUUGAAUUUAAUUCGUAUAAGUACUUUACUUUUCGAAAGUCUAUGAAGGUCGGUAAUUCUGAUGAUGGACAAAAUUAUGGUGUGUGUAAACUUGAGUCUGCUAGGUUUAAGUAAAUUUAACAUUUCAGUAACAUUUGAGCACAAAAUUAAUAUAGCACAUUGAUAGAAACUAAAUUUUAGUAGAGUUUUAACUUCUUCCCAUGGUCCAGUAUGGCAGGUCGUAAAGUACGACAUCAUGGUUGUUACAGUCCACGCGAUAUAAGAAUUAUUGAACUAACAAGUACUUAUCAAUAUAAAACAAAUUAUGGAUUAAUAUGAUAAUGAGACAACUCAAUAUGGAUUGAUUCCCAAUGCUGGUCUUCCUUAUUUUUCGGUGUCCAGAACUUUAUUGUUGUACACUAAGUACUUUAUUAUAUUAAUCGUCGUCUUUUUGUGCACUCGUAAAGUAGUAUACAGGGUGUAAAGGAUAGGUUUUUAAUAACUGAGAGAAUUCAGACCACACUUCCAAACUUGAAACUACUUAAUUCGUUAAAGUGGUCAAAGUCAAUGGUUUAAAAAUCUGUCAACCUGGCCUUUACACCCUUCAUUGUGAGAUAAUACAUAUUUAUUUAAAUGUGCCCCCAUUACUAAAGAUACAAGGGUUUAAACGAAUUUACGUAUGUGACUAGUUUUGUAAGUACACCACUGAAUUUUACCUAUUUACCAUUAUGGUAAUGAAACUCAUGAGUACAUUAUUGCACAAUAACUUUUUGAAUAUCACUAUGACGAUUUAUUUAAAGAGAUUGUAAUAAAAAUAUUUAUCAAUAAAAUAUUUAAGGACUAAGAAUUUUUUAUUAUGUAAUCGCUAUUCUAUGUGACGUUGUCGUGUUGUUAGCUUGCUUUAAAUGGAAAUAAGACAAUCAUUCAAAGCUUGGUUAACUUUAUUUUAGUAACUGGGGGCAUCUGAUAAUUUAUUAGUAGAAGUAGAACUACACUUACACAGUAAAAUGUAGUUGUUAGGCUUUAGUUGUGGAUAACGUCUGAGCAUCAGUGUGAUAAUGGUAGAAUAAACACAUCAGUAUUAUUAUAAACCACAUAUUAUUUAUAAGUGCAUAUAACUAGUCUAGCUGCAUUUGUUAUGAAUAAUUUAAGUUUACAUGAUUUCUAAAUUAUUUUCGAAAUGUGAACUAAAAUUGCCGAACCAAGAACAUUAUUUAUUAACUUGUUAAUUGUUUUUAUUUAUAUAAAUAUGACAUAUGUGGUGUAUAAAAUGUUAUUAGCUUGUAGUAAUGCACUUGAUUGUACUUCAGAAUAACUUUCUCUGCUACUAGACAAUUAGAUUGUCGAACUACGUGCGGAUACAGCUGGAGUGCUAAAUAUUACAUAGCAAAAUGACUGAUGUGUAAAAAUGAGACUUGUGAUAUUUAGGUUAAAACCUAAACCAUUAUUAAGGAAAAAUGUGAACAAGAUUUCUUGUAUUUCAUUUUUUAUUUUAUUUUAUUCAGUAGUGAAACAUUUUAGUUAGGUUGUGUAACAUUUUUUUGCUGAGCAUAUUUACUGUUACUUGACGCUUAUUAAUAAAAAUGUAACUAUUGAAAA